AUGAGCUCAACUGACGUCCAAGGGCCGGCAAUGAACGGUGCGAACAGGGCGCAGGCGCCCACCUGGGCUCAGACGUGCGGCAGUGCAACUGCGGGCACAACGGCAGCCGCCGUGCGCCCCGCGAGGGAGUCUGGGGAGUCCGCCGCAGCGAAAAUGCAGGGGGCGAACACCCUCACCGAGGAGGAGGAGAAGAAGUGCACCGUGGGCGCGGUUGACACCGCGGCUGCAUGCGGCAAGGAGACAAAGGACACCCAGCAGUCAUCGUACGCGCAAAAGGUGCGCUCUGUCGCCGAUCAGUACGUGGUGUCCGGCAAGAAGGUGCUGGACGAUGCCAAGACGUCCGCCGAGGCUUACCAGCAAGCAGCAAAGGAAACGGUGCAGAACACCGCCGUGAAUGGCCGCCAGCGCGUCGAGGCGUGCGCAGCGACGGUGAAGAGCACCAUGGAGCCCCUCGUCGACGGCGCGAAGCAGUUUGCCGACAAGUCGACGCGGCGCUACAGCGAGACGCGCGAUACGCUGCUGCAGCGGGCGACGACGUGCGUGGAGGCGGCCGACAGCGUCC